UUCCGCCUCCUCUCCAUGUUUGAAUACCUCUCUCUCUCUGUUUCGAUUCAUCUUCCUCUUCUUCGUCUUGAUUCAGGUUUCUGGAUACAGUGGAUCUGCUAGUGUGAGCCAUACAUACGCUCCCCCGUAUUCUGGAUUGAUCCAUAUGAUAUGACCACCCUUUCUCCGUCUUCUUCUUCUUCUUCUUCUUCUUAAGGUUGUGUGUGUGGAGUAUUGUGACAUUGCUUGUCUUGCUAAAGUAUGAAGCGUGAGAUGAAAACCCCCAAUCUUCCACUAGAUGGAACUCAGAAAGGGAGUAGUAGUCACGGGAGGACCUGUGGCCCUGCAAGACGAUCCACCAAAGGGCAAUGGACUCCCCAAGAGGACCAAGUCUUGUGCAAGGCUGUCGAGCGUUUUCAAGGAAAGAACUGGAAGAAGAUUGCUGAGUGUGUUAAGGAUCGUACUGAUGUCCAGUGUCUUCAUAGAUGGCAAAAGGUCUUGAACCCUGAGCUUGUGAAAGGCCCCUGGUCCAAAGAGGAGGAUAACACAAUAAUUGCUCUGGUAGAAAAAUAUGGGCCAACCAAAUGGUCUACUAUUUGUCAGCACUUACCUGGCCGCAUAGGGAAGCAAUGUAGAGAACGGUGGCAUAACCAUCUUAACCCUGCCAUUAAUAAAAAUGCAUGGACCCAGGAAGAGGAACUGACUCUUAUUCGUGCACAUCAAAUUUAUGGCAAUAAAUGGGCUGAUCUAAUGAAAUUUUUGCCUGGAAGGUCAGACAAUUCAAUAAAAAAUCAUUGGAACAGCUCAGUUAAGAAGAAACUGGAUUCCUACUACGCAUCAGGUCUUUUAGAUCAGUGUCAAAGCUCACCUCUCAUUCCCCUCCAGAACAAAUCCAUGGCUUCAUCUUCCUCGUGGACGCCCAGCAGUGGAGAUGAAGGUAAUUUCAUGCAGGGGGAUGAUGCUGAAGAAUCAGAAUGCAGCCAAGCUUCAACUGUCUUCACCUGUUCAAAAAUGAUCAAUGAUUCACCAGAUGAGGUUAAACCUGCAAAUGAAGAAUUCUGCACUCCUGAAUUGCCUUCAGGAGCAGAGCAGCAAAUCUCAAACUCUCCAUCUCAUGCAGAUUCGUACUACCCUUCCUUUGAAGAUGUCAAAACUAUUGUCCCAGAAAUUUCUUGUGAUACAACCGAGGUUAGAACCACUACAGCUGCAGCGGAUCACUUGCAGGGUGUAUCUGAUAAUGCUAAUCAGGACCUCAAUCUAGACUGUCCUCGGUUAUUGACACAUAACAUGGACGGAGAUGGAAAAAAUGAAGCAUGCCAAGAUUUUCAAAAUUCAGUCAGAUUAAGUGAUCAACCUUCGUUGCCAAACUCUGACACAGAUAUAAAUCCACAGCCUCAAACUUUGAUCACGGACGAGGAGUGCUGUAUGGUUCUUUUCCCAGAUAACAUGAAAGAUAGCUAUACAUCUGAUGGUGAGCAACGUCAGAACAUGGUUGACCCUCAAAAAGGCAAAGGAUCUCUUUGUUCUCAUCAGUCUGCAGAAACCCAAGCUAAUGAAAUUGGAAACACUCCAGCUUUUUCCUGGCAUCCUUCAAAAUCUAAUGAUCCUACUCAACGUUGUACCCUUCUUGGAGCUACUGCAUCAGAACGUAAAACUGAUACAGAUGAUGGACUCUUAACUUCCCAUGGCAAUGAUGAUAAUGAUGGUAUCCCAGAACAGCCUGAACUAUCAUAUAUUCCCAAGGAUCUUUUGAAGCUAGUGCCUCUUAAUAAUUUCUCUUCUCCGGCUAGAGUGAAGAAGAUUCAUUUUCCUACUGACGAUAAGCCAGCUGAAAAAGACAAAGGAACUCUCUGUUAUGAACCUCCACGUUUUUCAAGUGCAGACAUUCCUUUCUUUAGCUGUGAUCUUGCACCAUCAAGUAGUGACUUACGGCCAGAGUACAGUCCAUUUGGUAUCCGUCAGUUGAUGAUUUCUUCGAUGAAUUGUACAACUCCGUUAAGGUUAUGGGACUCACCUUGUCAUGAUAAGACCCCUGAUGUCAUGCUUAAAGAUGCUGCCAAAAGUUUCAGUGGUGCAUCAUCCAUCUUGAAGAAGCGGCAUCGGGACUUUCUGUCACCUGUGCUUGAUAGGAGAAAAGGAAAAAUGGUUAAAAGUGCCGAGGCUUCCUCCUUGGCUAAAGAUUUUUCAUGCUUAGAUGUUAUGAUUGAUGAUGGAAAUACCAAAAAUAAAUGUGCCUCCUCUUCUGAAGACAAAGAGGACCCAAGGGAAGCCUUGGAGUCAGGAGUAGUGACUUCAACUAUUACUGAUCAAGGAACUCGUAGAAGUUUGGUUUAUCAUAGUGAUGUUGAGAUGCAACUGAGCUCUCCUGUUGAAACUGGAUCGAGACAAGAUAACAAAGUGAAUACAGUUGAAGUCGGUACUAUUCCAACUGGAGAAAUCUCAACAGAGCCUCCAUUCACUACAGACUCUAUUCCUUUAUCAGAAUUCGCGGAGAUUAACACCAACACUGCAGAGAGUAGUGUUGAUAUUAUUGAAAACUAUAGCAUAUUUGAUGGAACUCCUUUCAAAAAACUGCUUGAAACUCCAUCACCAUGGAAAUCCCCUUUACUCUUUGGUUCUUUCCUGCAAAGCCCAAAGUUGCCUCCAGAAAUUACAUUUGAGGAUAUCGGGUGCUUUAUGAGUCCUGGAGAGAGAAGUUAUGAUGCCAUAGGGCUGAUGAAGCACUUAAGUGAACACACAGCCACGGCGUAUGCAGAUGCUUUGGAAGUCUUGGGUAAUGACACACCUGAAACAAUACUCAAGAAGAGACAGAUGAACACAUCUAUUCAAGGGAAAGAAAAUCAGCUCUGGCCUCAAGAUCAACUUGAAAACCGAUCCCAGGUGGAGUGUCGCGCCUUGGACUUCAGUGAUUGCGGGACACCGGGGAAAGCAAAGGUAUCCUCGGCUUCUCCAGGCUGCUACACAAGCCCAUCAUCUUACCUUCUAAAGAGUUGCAGAUAGAAAAAGGCUGCUUUUGUUCAUAGAGCUCUGAGGGAACAUUCAUUCUCGCCUUCUAUAUCUUUUUUGGACAUACCAUACAUGUUUUUUUUUUGAAAACACCAUACAUGUACGUCUUAUUUUUAUCCCCUCUUCUUGUUCCCUUUUUUUUUGUAAUGUGUAGACAUGAUACAAUUUUCAUUAAAUAUAAAAAGUUAAUUUUUUGUAA